AUGCAUGGUCUAGGCCAAUUUGUGCUUUUCAAUGUUCUGAUGUGUCUUGGACAAUCCAUCAUGCAUGGAGAAAUAGCUCCAGACAACUCAAUGUUGUACAUGGUCUCAGUGCAAAACUUUUGGGAUCAGCAUGUGUGUGGAGGAUUUCUGAUCAGCGAGGACUUUGUAGUCACAGCUGCACACUGUUAUAAAGACAAACCUUAUCGUGUUCUUCUGGGAUCCCAAAAUCUACAAAGUGAGAACAUUAUGACAAUGAAAAUAGAAAGAAUGUACACAUUCCCAGCUUAUCAAUCUCCUGGACUUGGUGAUGACCUCAUGCUCCUUAAAUUGUCUGGGAAAGCUCCCCUUGGCAACAGACUGAAAGCAAUUCCACUUCGAUCACCUAAAACAAAGCUGAGAGAAAAUCAGAUCUGCUCUGUGGCUGGAUGGGGUGGAACUGGGAAAGACCGUUUUGUUAAUGAUCUGAGAGUGGUGAAUGUGUCAAUCAUAAAUCCUAAACUCUGUCAGGCGAUCUGGGGGGAAAACUUUCCUUCCAAGGUGAUCUGUGCUGGUGGAUAUGGUACCAACAAAGGAUUUUGUCAAGGUGAUUCCGGUUGUCCUCUGGUAUGCGACGGGAUAGCUGUUGGUGUUGUGUCAUUCAACAAACACUCCAACUGUAAUUACCCAGAUGUACCCAACGUCUACACAGACAUCUCCAAAUAUGUUCCAUGGAUUGACACGAUCCCUGGAACUAAGAGAUGUGUGCAGACUUGUUCAAGAAGUUCUUUCCCAUCAGGCAGUGCA